CGUGACCGGCCCUUCUGUCAUUCCGCUGCCGCUCCGGCUUCUUUCCACCUGGGCCGCCCUCAACGUCUCCUGGGUGCGGGGACGUCUGCCCUUGCCGGGGCCGCUCCGGCUGGAAACCUCGCUCGGCUCCGACUCGGCUGGCGCCCCCAGCCGGGCGGCGCCCCCGACGGCCCACACCGCCGCGUCCUCCUCCCUGCCGCCUUCGCGUGCGUUGUCGGGUCCCCUGGAUUCGCGAAAUCUGUUGAAAAAACAUCCAAGAUCAUAACAUUUAGAUGACCAAAAUGGAUAUCCGAGGUGCCGUAGAUGCUGCGGUUCCGACGAACAUUAUUGCUGCCAAGGCUGCGGAGGUUCGGGCAAACAAAGUGAACUGGCAGUCCUACCUUCAGGGGCAGAUGAUUUCUGCUGAAGACUGUGAAUUCAUUCAAAGGUUUGAGAUGAAAAGAAGUCUUGAAGAGAAGCAAGAGGUGCUCCAAACUGAAGGCAGUCAGUGUGCUAAAACAUUUAUAAAUUUGAUGACUCACAUCUCCAAAGAACAGACAGUUCAGUAUAUACUAACUAUGGUGGAUGAUAUGCUGCAGGAAAAUCACCAGCGGGUCAGCAUUUUCUUUGACUAUGCUAAGCGCAGCAAGAACACCGCCUGGUCCUACUUUCUACCGAUGCUGAACCGCCAGGAUCUCUUUACUGUUCAUAUGGCAGCAAGAAUUAUCGCAAAGUUAGCAGCUUGGGGGAAAGAACUGAUGGAAGGCAGUGACUUAAAUUAUUAUUUCAAUUGGAUAAAAACUCAGCUGAGUUCACAGAAACUGCGUGGUAGCGGUGUCGCUGUUGAAACAGGAACAGUCUCUUCAAGUGAUAGUUCUCAGUACGUGCAGUGUGUCGCCGGGUGUCUGCAGCUGAUGCUUCGGGUCAAUGAGUACCGCUUUGCCUGGGUAGAAGCAGACGGGGUGAGCUGCAUAAUGGGAGUUUUGAGUAACAAGUGUGGCUUUCAACUCCAGUAUCAAAUGAUUUUUUCAAUAUGGCUCCUGGCAUUCAGUCCCCAAAUGUGUGAACACCUGCGGCGCUACAACAUCAUUCCUGUCCUGUCUGAUAUCCUUCAAGAAUCUGUCAAAGAGAAGGUGACAAGAAUCAUUCUCGCAGCAUUCCGUAACUUUUUGGAGAAAUCGACCGAAAGAGAAACUCGCCAAGAAUAUGCCCUGGCCAUGAUCCAGUGCAAAGUUCUGAAACAGUUGGAGAACUUGGAACAGCAGAAGUACGACGAUGAAGAUAUCAGUGAAGAUAUAAAAUUUCUUUUGGAAAAACUUGGUGAGAGUGUCCAAGACCUUAGCUCAUUUGAUGAAUAUAGCUCAGAGCUUAAAUCUGGAAGACUGGAGUGGAGUCCUGUGCACAAAUCUGAGAAAUUUUGGAGAGAAAAUGCUGUGAGAUUAAAUGAGAAGAAUUAUGAGCUCUUAAAAAUUUUGACAAAACUUCUGGAGGUGUCCGAUGACCCACAAGUCUUAGCUGUUGCUGCUCAUGAUGUUGGAGAAUAUGUGCGGCAUUAUCCACGAGGCAAACGGGUUAUCGAGCAGCUUGGCGGGAAGCAGCUGGUAAUGAACCACAUGCACCAUGAGGACCAGCAGGUUCGCUACAACGCUCUUCUGGCCGUGCAGAAACUCAUGGUGCACAACUGGGAAUAUCUUGGUAAACAGCUCCAAUCCGAGCAACCUCAGACCGCUGCUGCCCGGAGCUGAGCAUGCCCUCCUGCCUCAGAAUCUCCUGCCUUCCCGUUCUACCUGGGGUAUGAAUCUCAGUAGUUAGGGGCAGGAACAAAUACUUUUUCGUUUUACUUGCGAUUUUCUUCUGUUGUGUAGCUUUUCCCAAUGCUGAUUUUCGUUAGACAUGUUUGCCCAUGAAGUUGUAUAAAAGUAGGUGUUUUCUGUAGCUAAGGGAAAGAUUACCGUUACCCGUACUGCUUGUAAUUUCUGUAUUUAUUGUUCUCUGGAAAUGAGUAUAGUUAUUAAAGGACUCUCGCUUC